UGCUGAGCAGGGGGGAUGGGAGGCUGAGGUUCCCCCCGGGCAGGGCUGCAGGAGAGGGGAAAGUCCGCCAGUUCAGGGAAGAGCCGCCUAGAGGGCACUUCCGAGCAGGCAGCGCGGAGGGGAGGCUGCCCCGCCGGCGAGGAGGGAGAGGGGAGCAGAGACAAAGGGGAGGAGGGAGGAACGACAUGAGAGAAGAAAAAGGGAGAGAACCGGGGAUCAGCUGAACUCACCCAGGAAGGAAACCCGCCUCCCUUACAGGCCAGAGAGGGGGUGCAGCCAGGGACCGGGCAGUGUCUGCUUCUGGCCAAGGCAAAGCUGGCCCAUGGGGAAAGGAGGGGAGAAAGGCGAGGAGACCGGGGAGCAUGAGGCACAGAUCCGCUUCUACAGCUGGGAGGAGAUCCAGAAGCACAACCUGAAGACAGACAAGUGGCUGGUGAUCGACAGGAAGGUCUACAACAUCACCAACUGGGUGAGGAGGCACCCUGGGGGCCACCGCGUGAUCAGCCACUAUGCUGGCGAGGAUGCCACGGAUGCUUUCUGGGCCUUUCACAUCAAUCCCAGCUUUGUGCAGAAGUUUCUCAAGCCAUUACUUAUUGGAGAGCUUGCCCCAGGAGAACCCAGCCAGGAUCGAGAUAAAAAUUCUCAGCUGGUGGAGGAUUUCCGAGCCUUGAGGAAGACAGCAGAGGAAAUGAACUUGUUCAAAGCAGAUCCCUUAUUCUUCUCACUUUACCUCUGUCAUAUCUUGAUUAUGGAAGCUUUGGGUUUGUUAAUGAUUUCAUAUUAUGGCACCGGCUGGAUCACAACUUUUAUCCUUUCCUGCAUCCUUGCAACCUCCCAGGCCCAGGCUGGGUGGCUGCAACAUGACUUUGGUCACCUCUCUGUCUUUCAGAAGUCUGUAUGGAACCACAUAGUCCACAAGUUUGUGAUUGGGCACCUGAAGGGUGCUUCAGCAAACUGGUGGAAUCACCGUCACUUCCAGCAUCAUGCAAAGCCCAAUAUCUUCAAGAAGGACCCAGAUGUGAACAUGAUACACAUUUUUGUCCUGGGAGAUUCUCAGCCUGUUGAGUAUGGCAAGAAGAAGCUGAAGUACCUGCCUUACAACCAUCAGCAUGAGUACUUCUUCCUGGUUUUCCCACCUCUCCUCAUCCCCGUGUACUUCCAAAUGCAAAUCAUGAUGAGCAUGAUCAGACACAAGUUCUGGGCGGACCUGAUCUGGGCCUUCAGUUAUUACAUACGCUACUUCAUCACAUUCAUCCCUUUCUAUGGAGUUCUGGGGUCCCUGUUUCUCCUCACCUUUGUCAGGUUUCUGGAAAGUCACUGGUUUGUGUGGGUAACACAGAUGAACCAUAUUCCAAUGGAAAUUGACAAUGAGAAGCACAGAGAUUGGCUCAGCUCUCAGUUGGCUGCCACGUGCAAUAUUGAGCAGUCCUUUUUCAAUGACUGGUUCACCGGACACCUGAACUUCCAAAUUGAGCACCACCUGUUUCCAACAAUGCCACGUCACAACUUUUGGAAGAUUAAACCGCUGGUGAAAUCAUUGUGCGCCAAGCAUGGAAUCCACUAUGAAGAGAAGACUCUUGGAAGAGCUUUCAUAGACAUAGUUGGGUCCCUAAAGAAAUCUGGAGAUCUCUGGUUGGAUGCCUACCUCCAUAAAUGAAACCUAAUCUUAAUAGGGAGGUGUGGUGAUGGGGAGGGAUGGGGGUCAUUUAUGUGUGUUUUGCUAUCAGAUUUCAGUCUCUCUCUGCAUAUACAAUUUGAGGGGAGUUUCCUGUCUCAUUGAAUGCUACUGAGGGAGGGUGGGGGGGUGUUCAGGCAACCUGUUAAAAACCUGAGAGUUUAGACUUUUGGCAAAGUCCUCAGGGAUGACUCAAAAUGCCCAUAAUAAUCACACAAGCACAAGCUGGUGGGGAAAAAAAACAAGCAGGUUGGGGCUCUCUAUUUCAGGGAAUGAAAGAAAGGAGAGGUUAAAACAGAGCAACACUUUCACUCUCCUCGCAGUCAAUUUUCACACCUUAGGAAGAGGCAGCAGCUGCCAGUCUUGUACCCCCUCUAAAUCAGUGCCGAGGGCUAGUGCCCCACUCGCUCACCUCUAGUUUUGCUACUAGGUAGACAUUUGGGUCUCUGCAGUUCUGCAGGUGCCCAACAAUAGGACAUAGAAUAGGAAACUGCUUCUCCUUGGCGCUAGGAGUCAAGAAUGAUUGCAGGCAUUGUGCUCAUCUAGUGCACAAAUACUGCAGGAAGCUUCAGCAAAGAGGAGUUCCCACCCUAGCCAUCUUCCAAACUGUUCACAAAUUCAGCUGAGUGUAAAGCUGGUCUGGAUUUUCUUUUGGUAUGAACCAUUCCAUAGAUUAGCAGGAGUCUUAAUUUGUCCAAACCUUUUCUUUUUUGUCCAAGACAUAGUUACCAAAAUCCAUUAGCAGCUCAGAUGGGAGGGAGGAAGCAACUGCUAUUGACCCACCCCAGCCCUGAAGCCAGAGGCCCAUUGAAGGCAACAGAAAGUCUGCUGGUGAAAUCAGCAGUCUUUAGAUCAGACCCAGAGGCCCUGGUUUAAUACAGUUGAAAAGAGAGAAAUGCAGCCUUCAGAAAACAUUAAGGAUUACAGUUUCCAAAGUAGCCUCUAACCUCCUGCCCCCAAUGUCAUUGUUUAGUCAAGACCCACUCCUCCAUGUGAAAAACAGAGUUUUACUCCUGCAGUUACCUGACUGCAAGUUUGCAAGCACAUUAUUUUGCCCUAAUCCAUCAACCAGCACACAGGUAGAGCCCAGUAUCCUGAUGGUGCCACUGAAAUCAAUGGGUGUCUGCCCAAAUGAAGAGAGCUCAGGAUCAUGGGUUGACAUUCAUAAUAUUUACUGCCACAUUUUGAAAAAAUAUAAAAGACCCAAGGUUCUGAUUUUACUCUAUUAGAGGCAGAAAAUUCAUUGCAGAGAACAGUAACAACCUGCCCACUGAGACCGAAGGUUUCCAAAGAGCAGGAGGAAUGGGGGGGAAGGGAGCUAAAUAUUUAGGUUAUCUUAUGCACCCAUCAGAUUACAAUCCCUAAAUAUCACUAGCAGUCAUUAGAGCGAACUGUUACCAUCCUGGACAUUUGAAUUUAAACCAAUCUCGGUCAUCUUUUAUAUUGAGCUCUAGCAGUAUAACCAGUAAUAUCUUGCUGAAUAUUGUAACUUUCUAGUGCAAGGUAAUGAUGGGUUAGUAUUUCGUAUUAGCAACACCAUUAAGAAUGCCUUAUCUUGCCAUCUUUCUGAUUCCAUGAAUGCAUCUCAAAUUUCUCUGGUCCAGCAGGGAUAUGUUCUAGCUUCUGGUAUGCAAACUUCCAAACAUACAGCUUGCUUUUCUUUAAGGUUUAUAUCCUUUGUUCUUUGAGUUCUAAUCUCCAGAAUGGGUUUGUUCUGAAUUCAGUUGUCAUUUCCUCCCUGGCUUUGUCAUCUCUGAUACCUACCUUACUAGAAAGUUGUCCAUUUGCUUGGUAACACUCAGAGGAACCUCAGAAAACGGAUGGGUCAGCUGAUCCAUUCCAAAUCAGUAACCUUAAAUCCAGUUGCUUGGUUUUGGUCUUCUCACAGAUCAGCUUGUUACAGGGACCAAUGUUUUAAUAAAAGAAAAAUACAACUCCA